CGCACUCAUGGGGUGAAACAACAUCCUUGCUCCUUUGCUGCUGAGUUGAAAUGUUUGUCGACUUAGCCUGUCAUAAUGCGGCAUUUGUUUCUUGUGAACAUUUAGUGCAUUUAAAAUAUUCUUUCUUAAAGGCAAAGUCAGUUCUUAUGCUAUGAAGCUAACACGGAAACAGGUUCUCGCGAAGGCUAAGGCCUCCGACUUGGAGAGCGUGAAGAAACUGAACUGCUGGGGAUGCAACCUGACUGAUAUUUCCAUCUUCUCUCAAAUAGCUAACAUUGAGGUGCUGACACUUAGUGUCAACAGCAUCUCGUCCCUCUCUCCUCUGGCUGGCUGCCUGUCUCUGUGUGAGCUCUACCUGAGGAGGAACAGCAUCCCCUCCCUUUCUGAGCUCUCCCAUAUGCGCCCACUGACGCGCCUCAGGGUGCUGUGGUUGGCAGAGAACCCCUGUUGUGGAGCUGACUCCAGCCAGUACCGCCUCACAGUGCUGCGCUGCCUGCCUCGCCUCCAGAAGCUCGACAACCAAGUGGUGACAGAGGAUGAGAUUGCACUUGCUCUCGUGGAGGGUGAAGAAGUCAACACGCCUCCAGGAAGUGUCCAAAACCAGCUUUCAACCAACGGACAUCCAGAGGCAGAGACAGAGAAUGACCCGCUCAAUUAUAACAUGGAGGAGACCAACAAAAUCAGAGAAGAGCUGGGAAUGAAACUCCUCUCCAGAGACAAGUUCCCCUCCCUCUCUUCUCCAUCCACCCGAGAAAACAAACUGACAUUGAAAAGGACACACACUCUCGAUGCAGUUCUGCUGCUGCUGCAGGAUUUGGAUGAAGAGGAGCUUCGCUUUGUGCACACAGCUGCCACAAACAGACUGCAGACUUACAUGCUGGAUUCAGAAACACUGACGUAUUCACUGCAGACACAGAAAAGUGCAGAGAUCCAACACUGAAACAUUUCAUAGCAUGGAAUCAUUUGCAAGACUCUCUCGCCUUCUUUGCAUCAACCCUAGCCUCACUGACAAAAGGGAUUAUAAAAAUCACCCUCCCCGUUAUUUUUAUCUUUUACCUUACAAAUGCAAUGCAUGGAAUGUUUCACUGACCUCUUUCCUUUUUGUUACAGUUUACACAUGUGGAGUAGUACUUAAAGGGGCCCUAUUAUGCUUUUUGGGGUUUUGUAAAUGGUCUGCAAAGAAUAAAAUCCCAAAGUUCUCCCACACAUUCCCCCCCUGCCUGAAACAUCCCCAUUGGACUCUUGUUUACUUCCGUGAUAUAAAAGCUUUCUCAUUUCUCUCAUUUCCCCUACUCGACUCCCCUCCUCGACUCCUAUCCUCGUGUCUUAGUCCCGCCCACAGGAGAUGCGAGCGGAGGAGUCAAGGAGAGAGGAG